UACUAAGUAAUGGAACUCGGACCGUCACGUACUAUAUACCGCGCACGGUUCUAGGAAUCUUACAACGUCGGUAAUAUUAGGUCUGUUUUACUGUUAAAAAUACGGAGGCACAUAAAGGUCCAGUGUCCUAUUGCUGGCGAACGGCAGCGCUAGAAUUGGAGCCUAAGUCUGUCACAUGGUCCCUGCCAUUUUCUGUUCCUCCGUGCUAGCUUUUCCCUCUUUGCCUCCUCUUUAGAAGUACUUUGACUCUGAAUAAUAAUAAUAUUCACGCACAUCGGGCCUUGGAGACUACUUAAUGAACUCCUAGAACUCUUGACCCAGUCAUGCCACUGCCUACGGUGCUCAGAGGCACCUCAAACCUGACAGUUCCUAAAAAUGAGUUACAUUAUCUCGGCAGAGACCACUGUAUCCCCAACCCGUCCCCUCCCCCCACUCAGGGAAACAUGAACAGUCUGCCAAAUCACACUGGCACAAACACUGGUGCUUUCCCUUUCCCUCCUCCCGGAUCUAUCCACUCUGGAUUCUUCAGACUCUAUUUCAUAAAUGUUUCUCAUCUCGUUUUCUGUGUUCCAUUGCCAGUACCUUAAGCCUUCAGGCAAGGUGACUUUUUCCUGAACUCUCCUUAAAACUUCUGCCUCCAGUCCCGCUCUUCUCCAUACCAUUCUUUGCUUUGCUGCUAGAGUGCUCUUUUCUUUUGUGGGAAAAAAAUCUGACUAGAAAGCCAAGCUCUGAUUUGGGAUGAUCUUCACUACAUACUGAUGUCAGUGCUCUUCUUGUCCAAGCUUGCCGACUGGUGCCUCUUAAUCAGAAUCAUCUUGUCAGCAAAGUGUCUCAACUUAUCCACCAUUUACUUAACAGAUUACAGGUGAUUGUUGAUGAACAAAACCUGGAUUUCCUGUUGGCAUAUACUAUUUCUGCUAUUCAGCAGUGUAGUUCCUGGACACACAUGGAGAUUCUCCAAGCCCUGGCAGCUCUGGUUUACUGCAAUGGCUCAAAAUGUCAAAAGUACCUCCCAGACUUGCUCGGCAAGAGCGGGAUUUUGAUGCAGUUGAGUGACUCGGCUCAGCCUGACCCUGAAGCUAGGAGAGCUGCAGUGCACUGCAUGGCAAACUUGUGUCUCAGUGUACCAGGACAGCCAUACUUGGAGGAACCCUACCCAAAUAUCUGCUUCCAGGCUUUCUUGACCACUUUACAGUCUCCAAAAUCAUCUGAUAUGGAUGAUAUCACGUUUUGCAUGUUGUUACAAAAUGCAUUGAAAGGUAUACAGUCUCUUCUCAAUGGGGGUAAGAUGAAACUGACACAGACCGAGGAACUUGGAGCUCUUCUGGCUGUGCUAAAGAAAUCUAUGUUUCACGGACUCCCGGGACUAAACAUAGAGCUGCCCACGGUGUUAUACCCCACUCCGCUUCCUCAGUAUGACGGGCGGCCACCUGUCAAACCGCAGCAAUCCGAAUCCAACACUUCUCGACCAACUGUGAAUAAAAAGAAGAAAUCAAAAGUAAAAUCAAGGAAAAUCCAGCAAGAAGAGGAAGAGGAAGAAUCCAGUGGUGAAAGAGAAGCAGCCCCCAUCACUGGCUCAGGCAAAGAGAACCUGCGUGAGGGGAGCACUCCCUGCUCCUCCUCCCUGGGAGUCCGAAGUUUGCCUGUAGAGGGAAGCAGCAUGGCAGGAAGAGACCGAGUCUCCACCCCCUUCCGUUCUGCCAGUUGGAAAAAGGUCAGCAGUAGUGAGUCUGACUAUUCGGAUGCUGAAGGAGGCAUGCAGAGUAAAAUGAGGUCUUACCAAGCCAAAGUUCGCCAAGGAGCGUUAGCUUGUUUUCUUUCUACUAUAAAAUCAAUAGAAAAAAAAGUUCUUUAUGGCUACUGGUCAGCCUUUGUUCCUGAUACACCCGAGCUUGGAAGCCCUCAGUCAGUGUCCCUGAUGACUCUUACGUUAAAAGAUCCUUCUCCAAAGACACGUGCGUGUGCUCUGCAAGUUUUAUCCGCCAUCUUGGAAGGCUCAAAGCAGUUCCUUUCUGUUGCUGAAGACACCAGUGACCACAGAAGGGCUUUUACUCCCUUCUCCGUGAUGAUCGCAUCCAGCAUUAGAGAGUUACACAGAUGUCUUUUGUUAGCUUUGGUGGCGGAGUCAUCCUCACAGACCCUCACUCAGAUAAUUAAGUGCCUUGCAAAUUUAGUAUCAAAUUCACCUUACAACCGUCUGAAACUCAGCCUGUUGACCAAAGUCUGGAACCAGAUAAAGCCUUAUAUCCGCCACAAAGAUGUGAAUGUUCGAGUGUCAAGCCUCACUCUCUUGGGAGCCAUAGUGUCCACUCACGCGCCUCUACCUGAAGUCCAGCUCCUUUUACAACAGCCCUGCUCUUCCGGACUCAGCAAUAGCAAUUCAGCAACUCCUCACCUCAGCGCUCCUGAUUGGUGGAAGAAAGCCCCCUCGGGACCCUUUUUGGAAGAGGCUUCAGUUAGCUCCCCUAAGGGGUCUUCAGAGCCUUGCUGGCUCAUCCGACUUUGCAUUUCCACUGUUGUACUGCCCAAGGAGGAGUCCUGUUCCAGUAGCGAUGCUGGCUGUGCAGCGGGGAGCAUCUAUGAACCAUCCCCCAUGCGAUUGGAGGCCUUACAGGUGUUAGCUCAUCUGGCCAAGGGCUACUUUUCAAUGGCUCAAGUGUACUUAAUGGAGCUUGGAGAGGUGAUUUGCAAGUGCAUGGGGGAAGCAGAUCCGUCUAUUCAGCUUCAUGGAGCAAAGCUUCUGGAAGAACUGGGGACAGGCUUAAUACAGCAGUAUAAACCAGAUUCUACCAUAGCUCCUGACCAGAGAGUGCCAGUCACCGUGGUGGUGAUGUUCUGGACGAUGAUGCUAAACGGCCCUCUGCCCAGAGCCCUGCAGAACUCAGAGCACCCAACCCUGCAGGCGAGCACCUGUGACGCCCUGUCUUCCAUCCUGCCCGAAGCCUUCAGCAGCCUGCCGAGCGACAGGCAGAUCCUGUGCAUCACCAUGCUGCUUGGGCUGAACGACAGCAAGAACCGUCUAGUGAAAGCGGCGACCUCGCGGGCCCUUGGAGUCUAUGUGCUUUUCCCCUGUCUCAGACAGGAUGUCAUAUUUGUUGCAGACACAGCGAAUGCAAUAUUAAUGUCACUUCAAGACAAAUCUCUGAAUGUCCGGGCCAAAGCAGCCUGGUCCCUGGGCAACUUGACAGACACUCUGAUUGUCAACAUGGAAACCCCAGACCCAAGUUUCCAGGAAGAGUUCUCUGGUCUCCUGCUCUUGAAGAUGUUGCGAUCAGCUAUAGAAGCGUCCAGGGAUAAAGACAAGGUAAAAAGCAACGCAGUGCGGGCCCUUGGAAAUUUGCUUCAUUUUUUGCAACCGUCUCAUAUAGAAAAGCCCAGGUUUGCUGAAAUCAUUGAGGAGUCUAUCCAGGCCCUCAUCUCUACUGUGCUGAAUGAGGCUGCCAUGAAAGUCCGAUGGAAUGCUUGCUACGCAGUGGGGAAUGUAUUUAAAAAUCCUGCUCUUCCAUUAGGAACAGCCCCGUGGACCUCCCAGGCCUACAACGCCCUGACGUCGGUUGUGACAUCAUGCAAGAACUUCAAAGUGCGCAUCAGAUCUGCCACUGCCCUUUCCAUCCCGAGCAAGAGAGAGCAGUAUGGGUCAGCUGAGCAGUACGUUCAGAUCUGGAAUGCAUUGGUCACUGCCUUACAAAAGAGCGAAGACACCACAGACUUUUUGGAGUUCAAGUACUGUGCCAGCCUACGGACCCAAAUCUGCCAGGCACUGAUCCACCUCUUGAGUUUGGCCAGUGCCUCAGACCUGCCCUGCAUCAGAGAAACCCUCGAAUCAAAUGGGGACAUGGUGCAGUCCUUUAUCCUACAGUUUUUAAAAUCAGGAGCAGAGGGAGAUGAUACCGGAGCACCCCACAGCUUGCACCAAAGAGACCAGAUGGUCAGAGCGGCCCUGGAGCACGUAAGCAGCCUCCAGGCACUGGCUGGCGACUCAGCCAAAAGGGCCAUCAUGGACUUUCUAGAAGAUACCCUCACCAUUUAUUUUGACUCCUCUGGAUCACAGGUAGCACUCCUGGGACUGACAGAUCGGUGAAUGGUCUGCCAUACCUUCCAGGUGUCGUGGUGAUGGAAAGACCCAAGCUUGAGUAUCAGAUAUGCAGGAUUCAAUUUUAGGGGCAGAAACAACCCAUUCAAUUUUAUUCAGAAUGGGCUCACAUCUAUUUAAAUUUUUCCCAAAGGGCUCAACCACUUUAGGGAGUGGUUCCGCUGCAUUGGCCACGGUCCAGGUUGUUGGAACCUCUGACCUGUGCAGCCGGGAGCCAGGAAAUACGGUCGUAGGGCGGGCUGAGCAGACUGGACGGUUGCAAAGGGUGUUUGGCCUCAGACACCAAGAUAAAGACAAAAAAAGAAUGAAUUUAGGAAUUGUUAUGUUAUAUAUUGUGUCUCGGAAUUGUUCUUCUUUUUGUAAUAAACUAAUGAAAACUAGUGUGCCCAUAACCUUCUCUGUUUUUAGAUCAAGUUGCGUUUAUAGAAAGCCUGAGGCAGAGCUGAUGUUCGGCCAGUCUGCACUGGUGUAGCUGCUUCAGUUGCUAAAAUACUGAGAAGUUCCUCACAGGCUGCUAAACAGCUACUGCACUGAGCUUCCCAGGUACGCACCCUGGAAGCCCUCCGUGUGCCUCCCCACGAGCCGCUAGCUAAAGAGCUCCCUACUGGCACCUGGCUGCCACCCUGGGCCCGCGUCCAGUUCGCCGUAGCCGCACCACCCGCUUCCGUCUCAGCUUCUAAAGUCCCCGAGGAGAGUGUGGUCCGUACACUAAAGGUAUGAUUGUUUCACCACCUUUGCAUCUGUGCCUUAGAAAAAGAGUUCUCUAAUUUAAUUUAGAUGGUUAUAAAACUUUUUAAACUAUAUUUUGAUAAUGUCUAAGCCGUUAUAAAAGUGAUUUCUCCCUGAAGAAUUAUUUACAUUUAAAUUUUGCAUUCCUCUAUUAACCACCAGCAGUUUAUGAGAAUUGAUUUCAGGUAGGAACUUCAAUCCACAAAAGAACCAACUAAAAUUACUCCAUACUUAUAUUUGAUCUGGGAUAAAUAAAAAUCAAGAUACAUAGAAUGGAUUUUGGCAAUACAUUAUUUAACUGUUAUUUAGCUUAAAAGUCAUAUUUUAGGGCAUACAUAUGUCCUCAGCAUUUCUCAUUUGCCCUUGAGUUGCUCUUUUCCCUCUACUAUGUUGUUGAUUGUUGAGGAAAUACUAUCCAAGCAGACAGGGGAACAGAUUAGUCCGGUAACUGAAGGCCCACUUUUCCAUUGGUAGAAUGCCAACCAGUUUCCAAACAAUUAGACUAUGGCACAGUAAAAACACCCAUGUAGAACAUUCUUUAAAGUUGCUGAUGACUCUGGACACGAAUUAUUACAGAGGCCUAGGGACUGAGUUGAACCUGUACUGAUCCUAAUGAUGAAUCUUGGAACUUCCUUCUCUUUAAGGAAUAUGUUCUUUUUUAAAUUUUUUUUUUUCAACGUUUAUUUAUUUUUGGGACAGAGAGAGACAGAGCAUGAAUGGGGGAGGGGCAGAGAGAGAGGGAGACACAGAAUCGGAAACAUGCUCCAGGCUCUGAGCCAUCAGCCCAGAGCCCGAUGCGGGGCUCGAACUCACGGACCGCGAGAUCGUGACCUGGCUGAAGUCGGACGCUUAACCGACUGCGCCACCCAGGCGCCCCUAAGGAAUAUGUUCUUAGCAGCAGCUUGUUUACUUGUCCCUGUCCUAAAGGUAAAAAUGUGGCAUGGAUACCCACUGUUUGGGGGGCUUUCACUGGUGACCUUCUUGAUAAAAAUAUUUGUGAAAUGACUUUGAGUGGUCUGAUUUGAUGAUUUGCUCUUAUCCUUUGUUUAUCUUGAAUAAAACUUCAUUUUUUGAAGAAACUUU